AUGAGUAUUUAUAAUAACAUUAAAAAUGAUGUGGAAUCAGAUAAAAUUGAAUGGAAAGAUAUUUCAAUUGAAGAAUUUAACGCAUUUCUUGCAGUAACAAUAAUACAAGGACAAUUCAAAGAUAAUAAAAUUGCACUUGAUGCGUUGUGGCAAAGUGAAAAAUCAAGUAUAUUAUAUAAAGCACCAAUAUCUUUAAAGAAAUACAAACUCAUCAAAAAAUAUUUGAGAUUUGAUGAUGGUGCGUAUUUAAGAGAAAUUGCAAGAAUCGAGUUUAAAAGUGUUACUGAUGACAUUUCCCAAGAUUCCGAAGAUGUAUUAGAAGAAGAUCACCAAGAAGAACAAGAGAUAUCACCGAUUACAAGAACAUCUACCCCAGAAGUAGAUUUGGACUUUAAUUGUGAUUUUGUCACAACACAAAGCCAAACAAUUGAAGAUGGCAAUACAUCUAUGUGUUCUUUACAACAAACUGCUAGUUUUCAAGUACCAAUAUCAACACAACGUAUCACGAAUACCAGAACCACUCAACUCAGAAUGCUUCCUUCACAUAUGCUUCGACACGACGAACGCCCCAUGACAUCUCAAAUCGUUUCACAACAACAGACACCAACAAGACAUAUUACUAACUUAACCACACAACUUCGAUUACAACCAAUAAGACCACUUGUGUAUCCUUUGCCUUUUCAACAAGUAGUCGGUUCAACUUCAACAGUCCCCAUAAGAAACACGAGUUCAUUAGAUCCAAUUAUCAGAAUUCAACAUAUAAAUAACACCAAUGUGGUAGACACUAUAACACAAGACAGUGAUACAAAUAAAUAUGAAAUAUCAAAUCCUGCAAACUCUAUUUAUCCAGAAGAUAAAAACGACUCGGAUAACUUUUCAUAUAUUAAAAUAAUAUAUGAUGCAUUCAAUGAAAAUUUGGUCAGUAUUUAUCCAGAACUUUACCGUUGUAGUUCUGAAUUAUCAAUUGAUGAAAAUUUAUACAAUUAUUAUGGUAAUUAUUGUAACAAAACUUUCAUGCCAUCGAAGCCGGGUAAAUAUGGUAUGAAAUUUUUUUGUUGGCAGACUCUACAACCAACCUUGUUUUAA